AUGUCGCCAUCGCAGUCCCCGCAGCCGCGCGUAGGGCAGCAGGGCCCAGAGGCGCUGUCGCCGCAGCAGUCCCCGGCACGGCCGGCACCCGUCCCUUGGCCGCGGACCUCAAUUCGGCGGACGCAACAGCCCGUGCCGCCGCCGCUCUCUCCACAGAUAACUGUUCUGCCUUCUCAGCCCCUGCCGCAAGCCCAGCCGGCUCUGCUGCCAGCGGCUCUGAUACCGUCUCAGCCCAUGCCACAGCUGCCCCCACAGCCGCAAACGGCUCAGCAGCCCGUGCCGACGUCGCUUUUGCAACUGGUUUUGCCAGUCCCGAUGCCUUCUCAGCCUCAGGCAACGGCUCAGCCGCAAUUAGCGAUGUCUUUUCAACUGAUUUUGCCUCACCAGGUUCCGUCGCAGGUUCCGUUGCAGGUUCUGAUUCUGCAGGCCAUGCCGGCGCCCAUCCCGGCUCAACAGCCCACACCGCAGACGCCAUCUUCUCCACAGCCACGCUCCAAGGUGCCAUUACAGAGUGACAAGGACAGCGCGCCUGUGCAGCCCCACUCUGAGCCGUCACCCGCAAUCGCGUCAGUGAGCAGCGACACGGAAGUGGAGGAGAUAACCGACAGCAUGAAGAACGCAUCUGUCAAUCCCGUUUUCAAGACAGAAACCGUUAAGGAGCACGAGGACAGCGCACCAUGA